CGCCGCCCGCUCGCAGCCACUCGCAGCCCAGGCUCAGUCGCAGCCCCUCGGAGUCCGGAGCCCGCCGCCCCUGCGGACCGGACGGUGCGGCCGGCGGCCGGGACGGAGCCCCCAGCCCACGAGGAGGGCGCGGCGCAGGCGGCGGCGGCGCGGCGGGGAGGAGCCCGGGCCGGAACCAGGGCAGGGCCGGGGGCGGGGACGCCGGGGUCCCGGAGCCCGGGAGCUGGAGCGAGCUGACGAGCGUCGCGGAAGGACCGGGAAGGAGGAGCGGAGCCGGAGCGAGCCGAGCAGCCCACAAAGUGCGAUGCCCCGGCGGGGUUGAGGCGCGCGGCGGUCGGCGCUGCGCGCUGGGAGGACGCCCGGGAGCUGCGCGGCGCAGGGCGGCGCGGAGGGGCAGCCCCGGCGGGCGGCGGCGGGCCCGGGCUGCGACCGGAGCGAGCCCCAUGCCCCGCGCGGGCUGACGGGCCGGAGCCCGCACGCAGCGGCCGGGCGGGACAGUUCCCGCUAGAGCGACAUGAUGGUGGAAUCUGCCUCGGAGACAAUCAGGUCGGCUCCAUCCGGUCAGAAUGGCGUGGGCAGCCUCUCCGGGCAAGCCGAUGGCAGCGGCAGCGGGGCCACAGGGACAACCGCAAGUGGCACGGGCAGGGACGUGACCACGGGCGCAGACAGCAAUGGUGAGAUGAGCCCUGCGGAGCUGUUACACUUCCAGCAGCAACAGGCUCUUCAGGUGGCCCGGCAGUUCCUGCUGCAGCAGGCCUCAGGCCUGAGCUCCCCAGGGAACAAUGAGAGCAAACAGUCUGCCUCUGCUGUGCAGGUGCCCGUGUCAGUGGCCAUGAUGUCGCCGCAGAUGCUUACCCCGCAACAGAUGCAGCAGAUCCUGUCACCCCCGCAGUUGCAGGCCUUGCUCCAGCAGCAGCAAGCCCUCAUGCUCCAGCAGCUGCAGGAGUACUACAAGAAGCAGCAGGAGCAGCUCCACCUGCAGCUCCUCACCCAGCAGCAGGCUGGGAAACCGCAGCCCAAAGAGGCGCUGGGGAACAAGCAGCUGGCCUUCCAGCAGCAGCUCCUGCAAAUGCAACAGUUGCAGCAGCAGCACCUGCUCAACCUGCAGAGGCAGGGGCUGGUCAGCCUGCAGCCCAGCCAAGCCUCGGGGCCCCUCCAGACCCUUCCGCAAGCCUCCCCUGUCUCUCCCACAGCAGCUGUCUGCCCAACAGACCUGCCCCAGCUGUGGAAGGGCGAGGGUGCCCCCGGGCAGCCUGCUGAGGACAGCGUCAAGCAGGAGGGGCUGGACCUCACUGGCACGGCCGCCACUGCUACCUCGUUCGCCGCCCCCCCCAAGGUCUCACCCCCGCUCUCCCACCAUACCCUGCCCAACGGACAGCCCACUGUGCUCACAUCUCGGAGAGACAGCUCUUCCCACGAGGAGACCCCCGGCUCCCACCCCCUGUAUGGACACGGAGAGUGCAAGUGGCCAGGCUGUGAGACCCUGUGUGAAGACCUGGGCCAGUUUAUCAAACACCUCAACACAGAGCACGCCCUGGAUGACCGGAGCACAGCGCAGUGCCGGGUACAGAUGCAGGUGGUGCAGCAGCUGGAGAUCCAGCUCGCCAAGGAGAGCGAGCGGCUGCAGGCCAUGAUGGCCCACCUGCACAUGCGGCCCCCGGAGCCCAAGCCCUUCAGCCAGCCGCUGAACCCGGUCCCCGGCUCCUCCUCAUUCUCCAAGGUGACCGUCUCUGCAGCAGACUCGUUCCCAGAUGGUCUUGUGCACCCCCCAACCUCGGCCGCAGCCCCUGUCACCCCCCUACGGCCCCCUGGCCUGGGCUCUGCCUCCCUGCAUGGUGGGGGCCCAGCCCGUCGGAGAAGCAGCGACAAGUUCUGCUCCCCCAUCUCCUCAGAGCUGGCCCAGAAUCAUGAGUUCUACAAGAACGCCGACGUCAGGCCCCCCUUCACCUACGCCUCCCUCAUCCGCCAGGCCAUCCUGGAAACCCCCGACAGGCAGCUGACCCUGAAUGAGAUCUAUAACUGGUUCACCAGGAUGUUCGCCUAUUUCCGCAGAAACACUGCCACCUGGAAGAACGCUGUGCGCCACAACCUCAGCCUGCACAAGUGCUUCGUCCGUGUGGAGAACGUCAAGGGCGCGGUGUGGACUGUGGACGAGCGGGAAUAUCAGAAGCGGAGACCGCCAAAGAUGACAGGGAGCCCCACCCUGGUGAAGAACAUGAUCUCGGGCCUCAGCUAUGGAGCACUUAAUGCCAGCUACCAGGCCGCCCUGGCCGAGAGCAGCUUCCCCCUCCUCAACAGCCCUGGCAUGCUGAACCCUGGCUCCGCCAGCAGCCUCCUGCCCCUCAGCCACGAUGACGUGGGCGCACCCCUGGAGCCUCUGUCCAGCAAUGGCAGCAGCAGCCCCCCUCGCCUCUCCCCACCCCAGUACAGCCACCAGGUGCAGGUGAAGGAGGAGCCAGCAGAGGCAGAGGAAGACAGGCAGCCCGGGCCUUCCCUGGGCGCCCCUAACCCCAGCGCCUCAGGGCCUCCGGAAGACAGGGACCUGGACGAGGAGCUGCCGGGAGAAGAACUGUCCUAAGGGCCUAAGGGCGUAUAGGGACCCGAGGGGCUGGGGUGAGACCCUCCCUCCCAGAAUCCAGGCCCCACCUCCCCCCACUCCACAGCCCCUCCCGAGCCUCAAGGCACGUCCAGGACUCAGAACAACGGGGAAGGCCCGGGCCAGCAGCUCCCAGUGUGACCUGACAAAAACACACAGGGGCAGGGGCGGUCCCCACCCCCAGGGAUACAACCCCUGGUCUGGGACCAGUAGAGGACACGGAGGGUUCAGACCCCUCCUCAGACCCUCCCCGCAUCUGAAACCGCCUACCCCCAACCACCAGCAGCAUCAGGGCCCUCCUCCCCCACCAGCUCUCCCCACAGGGCCCCUCAGCGCCAUGGAGACCCGCAGGCGGGGCUUAGCCACCCCUCUCAAACCCAGGGCCCCCUGGCACCUGGCUCUGGCCUCGUUUUCUGGCCAGAGGUCCCCGCUUACCUGAUUCCUUCUCCCUUCCACCUUCUUUUCCGUACUGUGAAGAAAGAACUCGCCCCCCCCAGCUCCUACCUGCCCUGGCCUGGGUGGAGGAACUGCAGUUCCAGACCAUCCCAGAAGCAGCGGCCCCCUCCGCUGCUGGGGUGGGACCGUUGUGUGCCCUGUGGGGGUCUGUGCAAGCUGGCCCACCUGGCUCCAGCCCUGCCCCCAACCUGAGACAGAACCAGGCUGAGCCAGGCCUCUGCCCCGACCCCCACCCUCAUUUGCUGGGGGCUCCUCCAGCCGUCCCGUAGGAAGAGGCCCAGUGCCCGUCUCACCCACGCAGAUCUUCCUGGUGUGCUUCUGCAGGUGGAGCCAAGCUCCCCCUGAGGCCACAGGCGGGGCCUGGGCCAUCGGGAGCCCAGGGAAAGGCUAGGCUGGACCCCAGCUCCACACCCACAUCCAGCCUGCAGGCCCCUCUGCAGUCCUCCCGCCCUCCCUCAGCUCCCCUUCCUCUGCAUUCUCCCUCACCCUCCCUCGGCUCCCUUUCCCUGCGUCCCCCCCCCCCCCCCCCAGUUCAACGGAUGACCAAAGACCUUUCUUAUGCCGGAAGCAAAAACCAAAACUUUUUGUUGGCUUUUUCCUUUGUCACCUCCCCAGCACCUGCUCUCCCAGUCUCCCGCCCUGGCCCCAGGCUGGAAGCCCUCCCUCCACUUAAGUUAUUGUUUUAAACCAAAGUUUACAGUGUCUGUUGGUGGCCAAGACCCUCUCCCUCCACCCCUCCUCCGCCCACCCCGAGGACCCUGGGGCUCAGUGGAGGCUGGGGCCCUGCUCCCCUCCCCUCUACUCCUGCCCAGCCUGGGAGAAGGAGGAGGAGGGGAGGAGGUGGGCUCUCACCCCCUCGGGAGUGGGCACAGGAGCCCUCCUCCCUGCCCCUGGGCUGCUUCCUGGGGGUUCUCCAGACCCCUCUCUAGGACCAAGUCACCCGUCGUGCUGGGAGUGUGGAUUCCGGCAAAAGAGCUGGAAAAAAAGUGAGACUCUCCACAGACCCCCUAUGGGGGACCCCAACUCAAGGCCAAGGACUGGGUGUGUUGGAUGCUCAUAACACCCCUGGCCUGGCCCCUUCGCUGAGAAGACUCCUUGGAUAUUUCCCAAGAACCCCUCACAUGCACCCCUCCCAAGCCACCCCUCCUGAGAGGCAGGGGGCCCUCCGCCCCCUGCCUGUGUAUUCCCCACCUGUGUUCCGUUUGACCAGCACAGAAAUAUUAAACGUCCUCUAUUCACGUGGCCCCGUGUGUGUCGCCAGGGUGUGAGGGGAGGAGCAUUAAAACUGAAAGAUCGCUCUGCUCGGGGAGCCUCAGGAGAGCAGCGGCCACGUGA